AAUACAUGAUUUAAUAAUCAAAUUGAUGAUUGAUGUUCGUAAAGUUCAACGAGUAAGGUAAAGAUGAAAAUGAUUUUUACGAGAUUAUAGUGGUUAUGUUUAUCUUGGAGUUAUAAAUUGUUAUUUUCCUAUUAAAUAUGAAUUUGUUAUUAUCCUGUCGACCGUCUUUUGUUACUUAUAAAAAUGCUGGAAUUAUUGAGAAGUUAAGACCUGUCAUUUUAAGUCAACCAUGUAAACAAUUAUAUUCCACUUCAAAAGGUCACAGACCUAAUACAAUUGACAAGUACUUGUUAGUAUGGAUGAAAAAGUAUCCUUCAGUCAAAGAAGUCCCAGACUUUGUUCGACCAGACAUGAUGGAGAGAGUUCGGAACAAGUCCCGAAUCAAAAUCACUAUUUAUAUGAUGAUCGUCACAGGCAUUGUAUGUGUAUUUAUGAUAUUCAGUGGCAAGAGAGCAGCUAAAAGAGGAGAGAGCAUUCGAAAAAUGAAUCAGGAUUGGCACAAGGAACAGAAUGAAAAGAAGUAAUUUUGUUGAGUUCAACUUUAGCAAUAAUAUAUCAUUGUUUAGUGGAAUAAUGAACCCAUUUGAAUAUUAAUUUUACUCUUAUAUCAGUUAAAUAUUUUGAAAAAAAAAUUGUUAUUUUGUUUGUAAAAAGCAGUUGUGAAUUUAAAAUAAAAUAAAAACGUUUUUUGUUGUA